AUGGCCACAGAAGUCCCUGUGAACACAGCACCACCGGAGCCCAGCGCUGUCGUCGGCAUUGCAACUGGCAGCUUUCUUUGGCAGUCAAACUCCCUCAAAAUGCAUGUCAUCAGGCCCAAGUCUGCCAAGGGCCGGACGCGGCCCACUCUGCACAAACCCCAGGGGAAGGAGGACAGCCCCCAGCGCACUGCUUCCCCCCGGCCACCAGCCAUUCCCUGCGAGUCUCCUGGCAGCCAGAAGCCAGGAGCCUGUGCGCCCAUUUCUCCAGCCCAGAGGGCCUUCGAGGAGAUCCCUGAACUGCUGCAGCAGGGGCCCCUCGCGGCUUCCUCUUCCCUCAAUAAGUACCCCGUCCUGCCUUCCAUCAGCAGGAGGCGCCUCCAGGAGGGGGCUGUGGACACAGUAGCCAAAAAGGCCAGCUCACUGCAACUGAGCAGCAUCCGGGCCCUUUACCAAGAGGAGGCCUGCACUGUGAAGCCAAGCAAAGAAGAUUCCAGAGCUUGCGCUGGUGCCCUGGAGAGGAAGUUUGCCACUGGAACCAAGAAGCAGGUCCCCUCCCAGGAUCGAAACCUGGAGGAACCCUCAGACCAAGAACCCAGGCUGCUGCUCGCUGUCCGAUCGCCCUCAGGCCAAAGGUUCAUCCGCCAUUUCCGGCCAACUGAUGACUUACAGACGGUGGUGGCCGUGGCUGAGCAGAGGAACAAAGCGACCUACCGAGGCUGCAGCAUUGAGACCAUGGAGGUGCCCCGGAGACGGUUUUCUGACCUCACCAGAUCGCUGCAGGAGUGCGGGAUCCCCCACAAGUCCGUGCUGGGCAUCUCCCAGGAGGAGAGGGAGGGGUGGCCCUGA